AUGCGGCCAGUCCUGCACUUUGUCCUGGCUUCUAAGUUCCUCCUGUUCGUCUUUCACACUGACUCGCAGACACCUGGAAACCCUCCAGGGUCCAAGAUCCACCACCAAAGAAUUGAAAGAAACCUCUUCGAACCACUAAGAUUCGACUCCAAACAUCCAAUAUUCGUACGAGUUGAAUUUCUCUGUGGUCAUCGAGAACCUGCCAAACGCGUCUGUCGCACUUUAAUUCGGGUGGCCAAUCCACUGCUUUCGAACAGAAAACGUAGAGUUGGGAGAAUGAGCGCCAAGCCGAUCAAGUUGCUCUAUUGGUUUCGAACCGAUCUGCGUCUUCACGAUUCUCCAGCGCUUAUGAAAGCUCUGGAGCUUGGACCGGUUGAAUUUUAUCCUGUUUGGUGUUGGGAUCCGUAUUACGUCUAUAAUACACCAGUAGGCCCGAACAGAUGGCAAUUCCUAUUGGAUUCGAUGAACGAUCUUUCCAAAUCGAUCUCGCGGAUCAAUGGCCGUUCAAAAUUAUUUGUCAUCAGAGGUGAACCCUCGAUCACAUUGCCCUAUAUCUGGCGUCAGUGGGGGAUUACUCAUCUAGCGUUUGAAGAAGACGACGAUAAGCGACACAGUCAACCCCGGGAUCAAUCCAUCAUCAAGGCUGCAAAGGAUGCCGGUGUUGAAAUACUGACAUCCCCCGGCCAUACCCUAUAUCCACAAGAACAAGUCAUGGCGGCAGCAAAAGGAAAUUUACCUGCAAGUUAUCGUGGCUUCUUGAGCGCAAUCGAGAAGCUAGGACCACCUUCACCUGCGCAUGACGCGCCUGGUUCGCUCCCCAACCCUGGUUCUACAACUUUAGACGAUCCUCUGCCUCCGGAGUUUCUGGAGAAAUGGAAGAAGGCCUGGACCGACCGACUGGCUACUGAGAAAGAUGUCAACAAAAAGAACCGAGUUGCUGAAGAUAAGGCUUACCAAUCCCCUCACCCUCUCUCAGGCCCUACUGGACAGUUCGAGAUCCCAACGAUGGAGGAGCUGGGGAUUCAGCCGGCGACAAGCCACCAUCGUGGUGGCGAGACCGUAGCGCUUCAGAAACUCGAGGAAUACUUAAAAGACAAGGAAAAGGUCUUGAAAUUCGAGAAGCCAAAAACCUCCCCCGCCGAGUUCAACCCCGCGUCCACAACGACUCUCUCCGCACAUUUCAAGUUUGGAACGUUAUCCUCCAGGUUAUUUUAUGCACGACUGAAACAAUUGGAAAAGGAAAACCCGAAAAUCAAAGCGUCGAGUCCACCAGAAUCACUAAUUGGCCAACUGCUCUGGCGAGAUUUCUUUCAUUUGCAACAAUCUCAAAUCGAGAAUUAUCAUCAGAUCGAAGGCAAUCGGGUUUGUAGAUACUUUGACUGGAGAUUGAAGGAUAGGAUUCGUCGUAAAGACGUCGAAGCAGAUGGGCCAGAAGAUAAUCAAGACCCGGAGGCGCAAAAGAACUUGAGGGCGUGGAUUGACGGAAUGACUGGGUUUCCUUGGAUUGAUGCUAUCAUGCGUCAGCUCAAAACGGAAGGAUGGAUUCAUCACUUGGCAAGACACAGCGUGGCUUGUUUCCUCACUCGGGGUCAUUUGUAUAUAUCAUGGGAAAGAGGAGCUGAAGUGUUUGAUGACUUGCUGAUUGAUUGGGACCCGUCUUUGAAUUCUGGAAACUGGAUGUGGCUUUCCGCGUCAGCCUACUUCCAGCAAUACUUCAGGGUUUACUCUCCGAUUCAGUUCGGGAAAAAGUUCGACCCGAAUGGGAACUUCAUUAGGCAUUUCUGCCCCGAAUUGAAAGAUUUUCCAAAGCAAUUUAUUUACCAGCCUUGGGAAGCGCCGACAGCCGUCCAGAAAAAGGCAAACUGCGUGGUAGGGAAAGACUAUCCGGCCCCCAUCGUAAAUGAAAAAGAGGCGCGGGAAAGCUGUUUGAAGAAGAUGAAGGAAGGAUACGAGAAGAACCGGUAUGGGGCCGAUCUCCAGGACACCACCACCACCUCCUCCUCCUCCCCGGCAAAGCCCAAAACGAGCCCCUCUAAGACUAACAAGCGCGCAAAUGCUUCCCAGGAGACGUCCAAGUCAAAGGGGGCGGCUAAGAAGCCUGCAGGAUCAGGCUCGAAACGUAAACCUGAUAAGGACAUCCACAAGAGUCCAGAUGGCUCUAAACAAGUCAAGUUGGAUUUCAAACCGUCCGAAUAGCUCAGCCUUCUUUGGAGGAAACUUCAACAUCCUUUGGAUGGUCUUUUCUGUAUCUUCAUCUUGUAUCAACCUCGUUGUAUGUUUU